AAGAUAUUCAUUGAUAUUUGAUACUUGUUUAGUCGUUUGAUUACAUUCAAGAUGAGGUCAACGUUGAUUUUAAUCAUGAUGUGUAUUGCAUUGUUAUCAGCAGAUUCUGCUGUAAACUGGACCGUGGACGAUAACACAGUACCAGAAUCGUUACUCGAAUUGAUGCGCAAUAAUUAUUAUAGCGAUGACGAAAUUCAAAAAGCUGUGUUUUGGGCGUAUAAAUUUCAGUACGAUGUUAUUUCUGAAUAUAAUGGUCGAGUGUACGAUGUCGAAUCACCAUUGGAAUAUUUCAACGAUGUCUUGAUUUUACCUAGGACCAGAGCAUCAUCAAUAAAUUCCAAUAUCAUAUUCGAAAAUAAUACCGUCAGUGGUCUAACAGAUUUUAAUAAUAAUAAUGUCGUCAUACAAUGGUCACAAGAUCAGGUAACUACAAAGAUAACUUGGAAAGAGCUACAAAUUGUUGGAAAAUAUACAUUUGUAGACGAAUGGAAAUAUGUAACAGGUAACUAUCAAAUUUUCGUUGAAGACGUUGUGUAUCAGGCCAAUACGCCGUUGUCCAAAAAUUCAGAGAUGUAUCCUUCGUCUGCGCCAAAUUCAGCUAUAUCUUAUAGAAAAUUUAGGACUACCUUUACUGAACACUACUCAAUUUUAGAUGAAUUUUCAGCUGCACGGUAUGUCCUGGAAGACGUGGCUUUGGGACACAUUGCGGACUACACUCUGAAAGUGACACGAAAGAACGUGACGUCGGCUAUCAGAGCGGCCGUCCAGCCGUACGUGCAGUAUAGGAACCGGUCAGACCCACACUUUCCGGCCACCACCGAUCGGCUGGACGACGGUUUGUCCUUCACAGUCAGCGACAUGUUCGUCGAUGGCCUGGACACCGUGUUGCAGAAGGUGAACGCUGUAUGGACCGAACCGAGUACGGGCGCCGUAAUGACCGCCGUCGGGCACACGUUGCACAACCUCAGUGGUACAUUCAAUUUGCGCAUCGUCUCAGAUGUGACCAAACUCCAGCAGCCCGUCCGCUUGAUUGAUUUUUCCAUGGAUCGGAUCAACUUGAGUAUUACGUACGACGUGCUUAGACCGAGUUGCUUUUGCUUGGCCACUGUGCAAGUGUACAAGGCGACAACGUGGCCACGUGAUGAUCGAGACGACGCUGCAGGGCAUCUGCAACAAGUGACCGCUGCGUUCGUCAACACCAUCAAAGAUCACUUGUCCGUCGGCACUUGCGCGACCAUCGUAAAAACCAGCAAGUACGGUACCAAUAACCGAUGUCAAUGAACUUGGCAGCUAUUAAAAAAUUACUCAAUAUUUUAGUGUAUACUUUAAUUAAUUUAUAUUUUUUAACAUCUUUUAGUUAUUUUUUUUUAUUUUUUUUGACAUGGAUAUUAAAAAAAUGCAAUAUGUCGUAUAAGCUAUAUGAAUUAUACGAUGUGAUCUUUAUACCUGCAGUAAGAUAACUAUUUAUAUCAUUCGACUAUUAAAUGAUUUAUAAAUAAAAAAAAACAAGCAUUAUGAGUGUAA